CUGCGUUGAUACACUUUUAAUAGGCAUAAAUACAGAAAAAAGUUACACUACGAGUAGAAAGGUUAAUUCGCCUAGUACACUCUCGUUAUUGUUCAAAAACUCUCGAAAAGAUUGAUCUCAGUGCUUCUAUUACCAAACUACAUUCUGUUGCUUUUUCACCGAGAUCUUAUUUUAUUCCGUUGAAGUUUCGCGAAAGUUCGGCGAAAGUCUCACUUUUUUCGAAAUUAUUCGAUAUUCCGCCGGAAUAACACCGAAAUGCGAAAUCUCGGCGGAUUUUUAAAAAAAAGAACGACAUGGGAUCCCACAGGGUACCAUUAAAAUGUUUUUCCUCAGAAACUAGCCUACAAAAAUAUAUUUUAUCGGCACUGGUUGUGCACAGAUGCGCACCGAUGCCGAAUAAUUUUUUUCUGGGCCCCGAUGCGCAUCGGUGCCAGAAAGCAUGUGAAAACCUCGCAACGAUGCGCAUCAGUGCCAGAAAGAAUGUAAAAAUCUCGCACCGGUGCGCACCAGUGCCGAAGUUUUGUUUUCAAUAACCAUUUUAUUUUGUCAAUUUCUGUCUAUAUUAACACAACAGUACACAAACCUAAUUAAUUGAUUAAAUAAAUUUCAGUGCGGCACUGAUUUUUGCCAGUGCGACACUUUUUUGGCAGAAAUAUAUCGGCACUUGCUGGGCACAGUGCUGCAUUGGACUUUUUUUUAUAGGGUGUAUAUAUAAAAAAGAAGAAAACUUACUAGAAAAAAAUAGAAUAUAGUUCACUAUGUACAGAUAAGAGAAGAAAAUAUCACGCACUAAGAGAAUGAGACAAGGUUACGAACCAGGUUAUGAGACUAACCGUGUGAAGUAUAACCCAGGUCGAAUUCGCCCGAUCGGAUCCUUUUAAUUCUGGUGAUCUGGAGGUCGGACGCCCGGCCACUUUAAAUGUGACACUACAGAAAAUGAGAAGUUGCUCAUCUCAAAUUCUUAACGGUGUGAGUCAUCGCUCACACUGUUCAACGGACGUGUUGUAGACGUCCUAGUUAGUGGGGCCUUCCACUCUCUCGAAUAAACAGAGAGAAGAACCACUAGAAAAUGAAAGAAAAAAUUUAAGACUAUUUUUAACCUCGAAACUGGGCACAUUCUGCCACAUCCAGCAAAAUCAGAUUCAUUGGUCGGAUCCGGUCGGAUCUUUUCCGAUAUCUUUCGGUACGGUUGCUGCCGGAUUUUACCGAAUUCUGGCAACUUCCGUCAGGAUCCUUACGCCGAAAUCAACGAGCCGGGUGAUCAGCACAUGACAACUCGAGCUUAGUUCAUAAAUGAAUCUAAAAAAUUCAACAAUACAACAGACUGAUUUACUAUGGGAUGAAAUUUUUGUCCCAUCCCAUCUAUAGCUUCAAAACUCUCAUCCUAUCCCGUCUCGUCCUAUGGCGUGUUUAUCUUGUCCUGUUCUGUCUCACGGAUACUUUAAAAGUUUCGUCUCGUCCCGUAGUAUCCCAUGAGAUUCCCGUCCCACUACGAGCCCUGUAACCAGUUCAGUAUAUUUUCUUUCUCAGGUGUUUUUAAGAUAUUUUUAUCAAUCAAAGAAUCAAAAAUCUCAUCAAAGACUUGUUCGUUAAGCUUCUAAUUAAAUGUGCGAGUUAUCCGAAGAUCUUCGGUACUUGUAAUAUUACAUUUUGAAUUUUAUGAAAAACUUCAGAGAUUUCUUAUGAUGGAUCAUUUGAAAUCUUUACAAAAAAUGCAUCAGAAAUACAUAGUUUAUCUCGCCAUAUUUUAGAACUGAUAUUAAUUAAUUUCAAAAUUCAUCUUUUUAUCUUGAAAAAUCCGCCGUGUCUUCCAUACUAUUAUUUCUUUCAUUGCUAUGAAAAUGCCUUUACAGACUUUAGCACCCGGUAUUUCCAGACAUCUAUUGAUUCAUGGAUUAAUUUUAGUCGGACACAAAUGAUUCUCAGUAAUGAUUCUUUCACUGUACAUUCAUUUUUCGUAAUAUACCCGAGAAGUGGCAAUGCUGCCUUCUGUGUGAGUAAUAGAACUACCUUUAAAGUAAAUGUUUUAGAGUACGAGCAUACAAUCACUACUGGAAGCUGGCGCUCCCUUGAACAAAGUUUUCUCUUGCAAAUCAAAGUUUUAGUGAUUUACUGCUAGCUAACUAGUUAGCAAUUAUUACAUUACACAGAGAAAAAAUAGAUUUUUGAAAGAAAUAGACAAAGCUAUUGUAUGAUUCAUCAAGUAAUCCAUUAGUCAAAAUAUUUUAGCAAUCGGAAUUGUAUACACUGUAAAAGUAAAAGUGACAUCGGAAAGCUUUCCGAUGUCACUUUUACAGUGUGGUGUAUACAAUUGUACAUCCAGAUAAGCGAAUAAAUUUCCUUUAUUUAUCAAUCAUCAGCCACUUUAGCGGAUCAAUACUGUUGUUAUGCGGGGUAACUAAUCAUCCACCCUUAUAGGUAGCACUGUCUACAAAAGCGGAUCACUGUAAAUUUUGACUUCACUAAAGUGGAUAGGUCAUCCACUUAAGUCAGCCGGCCGGGUAACACUUUUCAGCUACUAUAGUGGAUGACUAUAGCUAAACAAAGGAAAAUCAUCCACUUUUCCGGCUGUUACGUCAUCCACUUUAGUGAAGUCAAAAUUUACAGUGAUGAUCUGCCACCCAGUAUAACAACAGUAUUGAUCCACUAAAGUGGCUGAUGGGUGAUAAAUAAAGGAAAUUCAUCCGCUUUUCUGGACGUACAACAAAGAACAGUGGAUGGUAUGCUUACUCACUUUAACUAUGUCAGUUUUACGGUGUACAUAUCAGUGUUCAAAACCUAUUUUCUCUUGAAGCUGCUCAUAAAAUUACAGAUUUUUGUUUCUUUAGAUAUGUCUGAUUCAGAGGAUUAUAAUGACAACCACCGGCACGAAACUGAAUGGGUAAGCGAAAAAUAGAGGUUAAUUUCAAUUGGAUUUGGUGUUUUCUUUUCAGAGAUCGUCGAAAGUUAAAUACAACGAUUAUUGGAUACACAGUAUCGACUAUUGUUCAUGUAAUAAGCCAAUUAGUACUACAGAGGAUUCUGUAGCACGUGGAACAUCGGUGGAGAAACUGAUCGGACCAGUUCAUGAUACCUAUCCUAAUAGAGAACAUUGCUGGGUGAUUUCAAAUGGAACAAGAAAGGAAUAUGUCCUGUUGAAGAUCAAAACGCCUGUAUUUAUAAGAAGUGUACACAUUUAUGAAGAUGUAAAUCCUGGUGCCGUUGUAAAACUCGAAAUAGCUGAUAAAAGAAAUAUUUGGUUUGUUGUAUGGGAAGGCGAUGAACCACCAGUACAUGGUAUUACAAAUCGAAUAUUUUCGCCCGUUUUACGAAGAUUCCGUAUAUCAAGCGAUCGAUUACGUGUUACCGUUGAUCCAACAAAAUAUAAAGCAAUCGCAAUAAAUGCUAUAAAAAUAAUUGGUUCAAAUAUAUUUGAACCUUUAGUACGUUAUAUACCGUUAUCCGAUGCAUUGUCAGAAUUAUUCAAUAACAAUAAUCAAUACACUAAUAUUCAGUUCGAUGUCGACGGUCAUCUCAUAAAAGCUCAUAAAAAUAUUCUUUGUUCUCGUAGUAAAUAUUUUCGUACGCUAAUAUUAAAUAAUAUGUGUGAAAACCAAUCGUCUAAAGAAGAACCACUACUAAUUAAAGAUGUUAACUAUGAUACAUUUGUUGAAAUGUUAUAUUUUUUAUACACGGGAACAUUACAUAGAAAUUUAUCUUACAAUAGAUAUAUUGAUUGUUUAAUUUAUUCUACUAGGAUCAAUUUGACUGCUGCAAAAAAUGCAUCAUUAGAACGACUAUGCUGUCAUUUGAAAACAAAUCAUGAUGAUAUAAUAUCAACAUACCUCAAAGUCAAACACCUAUCUCCCUUAUGUGAUCAGCUCAUUGAAUAUAUUUACGAUUUAUGUACAUAUUCUACAAUGAAAAUAUUUCAUAAAGAAGCUUUUUGGAAUCUUGAUAAAGAUUCAAUGAUGGAUUUACUUAAAAAACAUGCUGAACGAUUGGAUGCUAUGGAGAAAGCAGAACUCGAUACACGCAUGUUGAUAGAAGCAGCCGCACUUCAAGGUACAAUUCGUAUUAGUAAAGGAAAUCGUGAAAUUGAUCCAAGAGAAGAGGAAAAAGAAGGCAUUGUACAAAAUAUAACAAAGCAAGCUUAUUGGCAUGUGUCAUCUUGUAAACCAGGACAUGGUGUUGAUAAAUUAUUGGAUGAGAAUCUUGAAACAUAUUGGCAGUCAGAUGGUCCACAACCACAUUUAGUCAAUAUACAAUUCAAGAAAAAAACAAAAAUUAAAGAUAUUUGCCUCUUCUCAGAUUUCAAACUCGACGAAAGCUAUACACCAAAUCGAAUAUCUAUUCGUACUGGUAUUCAUCAUAAUGAUUUGCAAGAACUUCAACUUGUUGAUUUACAUGAGCCAGCUGGAUGGGUGGUUAUUCCAACAAGAGAUUCACAUGGAAAUCCUAUUAAAACAUGGAUGAUACAAAUAGCUGUAUUAGCCAAUCAUCAAAGUGGACGUGACACACAUAUAAGACAAAUAAUUGUACAUAGUCCAACAGAAACAUCAUCGAUAUUUAUUGAUCCAAAAUUUUCAAGUAUUGAAUUAAGUCAACACGUUAUUUGUAGAUAG